CAUUACGACCCAAACACCAGUUCCACCAAUAUAGAAAAGCUACUAACUACCGUGCUUCACACGUCUUUCCUUUCUUCAUGCGUGCUCGCUCUUCUACCCUCCUCCACUCCCUCUUUUCUAACAACAUUAGUGUAACCAAGAAAAAUAACUGCCCUGAAUCAAAGCCAUGGAGAAGACGAGGCCAGAGGAUGAUGAUAAGGUCAUCUGCAACACUGAUGUAGGAACAAUGAAUGCAACCGACUCAUGGGGUUUGGGAUUUCCAGGAGAUCUCUCUAGAUCAACAAGAGAUGAACCACCGACUCACUACACUUUCAAAAUCACUAAAUUUUCACUGUUUUCAGAGCGGUUUGGUAAAAGAUGUUAUUCGCAGACAUUCCAUGCGGGUGGUUACAAAUGGGAAUUGGUUCUCUACCCAAAUGGGAAUGACAAGGGGAAAGGUCAUCACUUGUCACUCUACUUGCGAAUACGAAAUGAUACUAAUCUUCCCCUAGGUUGGGAGGUCCAGGCGGUUUUUCGCUUAUUUUCAUUCGACCAAGUUCGAGGCCGAUAUCUGAUGCUUGAAGAAACCCAAGGGAAGCGUUUUCAUGCGAUGAAAACUGAAUGGGGAUCUGAUGAGUUCAUCCCACUCAGUGUGUUCAAGAACCAGUCUUACGGAUAUCUUGUAAAUGAUACAUGUGUGUUCGGGGCAGAGGUAUUUAUUAUUGGAGAGAGUAGAACAGGACAAAGUGAAUGUUUAUGUCUUUCAAGGGGAUCUGGAUCUUAUUAUAAAUGGAUCGUCAGAUUGUUUAGUAAAGGGCACCAUGAAGUUAAGGAGCCUAUAAUGAAAUCAGCCUAUGGUGUACCUAUGGGAAAGUCUGCUACAUAUGAUACUACCUUUCCUUCUUCAAAAAUAGGAGUUCCAAUGAAACCAAUGAGAGAUGAUAUGCCAAUGCACUACACAUUUAAAAUUAAAUCUUUUUCACAACUUUGUAAGCUUCCUAAAAUUAGAUGCGACUCCAAGGUUUUCUGUGCUGGUGGCUAUAACUGGAAGAUGUCUCUCUCUCUGAAUAAAAACAAGCAGCAGAAAGUACAUUAUCUGUCUCUCCACUUGGGCAUUGAGGAAACUAGAUCCCUCCAGCCUGGUUGGGCGAUUGAAGCAGUUUUUCGUUUAUUUGUAUUUGACCAAAUUCAAGGCCGGUAUUUGAUACUUCAAGAAACAAAUGCAACGUUUGACGAACCGAAUACCAAAUGGCGAGUUGAUGAGUUCAUGUCACUGGAAACCUUUAGUGACCCAUCUUGUGGAUUUCUAGUUAAAGAUUCCUGCAUCUUUGGAGCUACUGUUUUCGUUUGUAGGGAGAGAUGUUCAGGGAAAGGUGAAUGCUUGCAGAUGAUAACAGAAGGGGUUACUACUGAAUAUAGGUGGAAGAUAGAAAAAAUUUCACAGAUAAAAGAAAGCUGUAAAAGUGAACCAUUUGGUUCUGGAUAUCACAAAUGGACUCUCCAUUUCUAUCCUGGAGGAUGUGGAGUAGGUCUGGGAAACUAUAUUUCUCUCUUUUGUCGUUCGGGUAGUUCAAGCCCUCUUAUCCAAGGACCAUAUGUUCGUUAUUCCUUGAAAGUGAUUGACCAGUCAAAUGGCAAUGGCAUUGGCAAAUGUGCUACUUAUUGGUAUCCAGUCGAAGGAAAGGGUUGUGGUUAUCCGAAGUUCAUGCCACUUUGUGUGUUUUCUGAUCCAUCCAAAGGAUUCCUUGUGGAAGAUACUUGCAUCAUUUCAGCAAAGUUCACAAUCAUUGGAUCAAUUGAAAUUUUUCGCAAUUUUUAGUAUCGGUAGCUGUAGUGAUGCACAGGUGCUCAUCAUUACAGCAAUGACACCCAAGGUUUAAAGUAUUGGCAUUGUUUAUCAUCGCUUAUUAGAUCGGAAAUGUGCUUUUAAAAUAUCUAUUGUACUAAAGAUCGAUACACAAGGAAAUGGUUAAAACAUGGAUGGAAAAUUGAAGUGAAAAUACAUUUUUGAA